AUGAAGCGACUUGACCGAUAUCAUGGGAUGGUAGUCUCGAAAUAUUUUACUUCGAUAACCGAUUUUGUUGCUUUUCAACAAGUUUCAGAGAAGUUUAACAACAAUCUUUCUAUGUUCCACUUUAACCCAUUUCCCCUCAAUUUAGCAACAAUAAAAUACUUUCCAAAUAUCGAAACUCUUAAUGUAUGGAACGACUACGAAGAAACAUUUGGUAAUGUUAUUCCAGUUUUUUAUGAUAUCAGUACUCUUGCUCGACAAAAAGAAAAUAAACAAAACUCAUUAACUUCAAACAAUCAACAAAAAAUCGAUUUUUUCAAGAUAGUAGUGUGGUACCCCGUAAAUUUUAGACUCGCUAAUAAACACAACAAGACUUACACAAAUUUUGAAUUUAAAAAUGUCGUCUACACAAGCACAGAUUCACUACUCUGUGGUUACAAAAACAUUAAUAUUUUAAAUCCAAAAAUAACUUCAUUUGAGGACGGCUGUUUUACGAAUUCACAGAUGAGUCGAUUUGAAAUUCCAAAUAACGUUACGAGUAUUGGAGUGUCGUGUUUUAGUAAAUGUGUUAAUUUGAAAGAAAUAUAUUUGUCUGAGAAUAUCAAUUAUCUUCCAAAUCGUUGCUUCUCAACGUGUCAAUCACUCUCUAUAAUAAAAAUACCAAAACGGGUGACUUCAUUGGGAGAGUGUUGUUUUGAUUCCUGUGUAAAUCUGUCUUCAAUUUCUUUACAUGACAAUUUGUUGUUGAUUAAAAUGAAUUGUUUUAUGAAAUGUGCAUCACUCGUUGAAAUAACAAUUCCUUCGAAAAUCACCAAAUUGUAUGAUUCAACAUUUUCUAAUUGUUGCAAGUUAAUAAAUGUUACAUUUAAAGGAAAUACAAUAAAAUUGUUUGGAAAUUGUUGUUUUGAAAAUUGUGAAAAUCUUGUUGACUUCAAUUUUCCUGAUUCACUCAUACAUCUUGGCGAUUCGUGUUUUUCUGGGUGCACUUUGCUCACAAAUGCGAGUAUUCCUACUAAUUUAAUUUCGAUUGGUAAAUAUUGCUUCUUCCACUGUUUCGCUAUUCAAAAACUGGUUAUCCCAAAGUCUGUAAAAUCAAUCGGAGAAUCCGCUUUCAACUUUUGUAAAAAGCUUGAUUUGUUACAAAUAGAAAGUGGUGUCGAGACUUUGAGUAAAAAUUGCUUUGGUGGGUGUUUGUCGUUAACUUCAGUGAAGUUACCCGAAGGCUUGAAAGAGAUUGGAUGCAACUGUUUUCAAGGUUGCAGUUUUUUGGAAGAGAUAGAUAUCCCACAAAGUGUGACAAAAAUAGGAGAACAAUGCUUUGCAAACUGUUUUAAACUCGUUGAAAUUACAUUUCCUCAAAGUGUUCAAAUCAUCGAAAACGCCUGUUUUUUUAAUUGCAAGUUACUCUCAAAAUUUGAUAUACCUGAAGGUGUCAAAAGUGUUGGAACAAAUGUGUUUUGUGGGUGUGAAAAUAUCACAGAAAUUGAAAUUCCAAAAGGCGUCACUUCACUUGGUAACUAUUGCUUUUAUAAUUGUAAUAAUCUUUUAAGUGUUACUUUGCAUGAAGGAUUGUUGUCUAUUGGUGAAAUGUGUUUCAAAAAUUGUGACAAGUUGGUAACAAUUGUGUUACCAAAAAGUGUUACUGCCAGAGGAAAUAUGUGUGGAAAACCCCCAAAACAAUGUAGAGUUAGUCGGAAAACGUUGUCCUGGUAUUUUUGGUCAAUAAAAAUUGGAAAAUAUCGGGAUCAUGUUCGAAAUAUAAAAAAAUCGUCGUUUCAGUUUUUUUCCUAA